AUGUUUCGCCUUGUACUGCCACGUAGAAAUACUACAGUCUCCCACUCAGCCAGUGGUUGUCUAGUGAGACGUCUCACGUCCUCGGCCAGUGCUUUGAGUAAUGCGUUCAACUACAUUAUCGUAGGCGCUGGUUCGGCCGGCUGUGUGCUUGCUAACCGACUGAGUGCCGAUGCAGGCAACAAAGUGCUCGUGAUUGAAGCCGGACCGAGUGACCGCAACCGAUGGGACUCUUUCCUCAUCGACAUGCCGGGAGCCAUUCCAGUCAACCUGGCAGAUGAACGCUACAACUGGAACUUUGUCACGGAACCGCAGGAGUUCCUCAAUAAUCGACGGAUCGGAUUCCCUCGUGGUCGAGUCCUUGGCGGCACCUCGUCCAUCAAUGCCAUGGUUUACAGUCGGGGGCACGCGAAAACUUACGACGAGUGGCAUGCAAAGGGCGUGAAAGGGUGGAGCUACGCUGACUGCCUACCAUAUUUCAAGCGGUCGCAGACACAUCAAUUGGGUGGAGAUGACUACCGAGGCGGUGACGGACCUCUUCAUGUCAUGAGGAAUACGAAGCAAGACCAACCUUUAUUCCAAGUGUUUCUAAAUGCUGCAGUGGAGGCAGGCUACCCUUUCACGGACGAUGUCAAUGGCUACCAACAAGAAGGUGUCGGCUGGCUCGAUUUGACCAUCCACAAUGGCAAACGAUGGAGCUCUUCAGCAGCGUUCCUUCAUCCGGUAAUCCACCGCGAAAACUUGACAGUCUUGUCGAACACAUUGGUGAACAAGGUGAUAUUUAAUGGCAAGAAGGCCGUUGGCGUCGAAGUGGAGAACACGAGAACCAAGACGGUGUCGAAGAUCUCAUCGGCAAACGAAGUGAUCCUUUCAGGGGGUGUCGUCAACUCACCGCAGUUGCUCAUGCUUUCUGGCGUUGGAGAUGCUGACCACCUGAAAGAAGUUGGCGUGCCUCUCGUGCACCACUUGCCAGCGGUUGGAAAGAACAUGGAGGACCAUGUUGGCGUCGGUAUGCACUUUGCUUGCAAGCAGCCGAUUACGAUGUACAAUGCCUCCAAGUGGUAUCCGCAUAAUGUGGUAAAGAUUGGCUACGAGUGGAUGACGUCAAAGACCGGCCCAGGCGCAACGCCCCACUGCGAAGUAGGCGGGUUCCUCCGAACCCCAUCCGGUACGCAGCAGCCAAACCUAGAACUCGUCUUCAGCCCUUGCGCUACUGACGAGCGCUGCCAGCUGCGUGAAGAUAUUGGUCACGCGAUGAGUGGGCACAUUUGCUCCAUUCGAGGUUCCAAAAACGGCACUAUCAAGUUGCGCAGCGCCAACCCUCGUGACCAUCCCGUCAUUGAUCCCAACUACAUGGCCGACGAAGACAGUCGAGUCACGCUCCGAGAGGGAGUUAAGUUGACUCGUGAGAUCUUUGCUCAAAACGCGUUCAGGGAAUACUGCGGCGCCGGUAUCUCUCCUCGAGAUGAUGUCCGCUCGGACGAAGAGAUCGAUGCAUGGCUUCGCAAAUAUGCUGGCUCCACAUACCACGCGUCGUGUACGGCUCGCAUGGGCGUGGACGAAAACUCGGUUGUAGAUCUGCAAGCUCGUGUCCACGGGCUAGAAGGUCUUCGCAUUGUGGACGCAUCGAUCAUGCCGAGCAUCGUGAGCGGCAACACGAAUGGACCUGUGAUCAUGAUCGCCGAGAAAGCUUCGGACAUGAUUCUGGAAAAUCUGGCACUGCCGCGGUCGGACGUUCGCGUGCAUGAACCUACCAACUAG